AUGCUCCUCAAUACCACCGUCUGUUUGUCGGUGGAUUUCGACCGCACAGAAGAUUUCCUCGUGUUCAUCUUCCACAUCUUGUUCGCCACCAGUGCUGUGCUGGUGGCCGGCUCGGUAGUCGUCGGGAUCUCAACCAGCCGAUCCUUGCGAGGCCAGAACCGGUUCAUCUUCAUGCUGAACACCAGCAUCAGUGACACCCUGACCGGCUUCUCGGUCUACUACCUCGGCCUCUUCGACGUGAAAGAGGGAUACCCCUCCAGGAACGGGACCUUCUACAUUUUACCAUCAUUCCUCGGUGUAAAUGUCCUUACCUUCCUUUUCGCCCAGUUUGACCGCUACCUUGCAGUGUGUCACCCCUUCUUCUAUAACCGCUACAUAACAAGGCCUGCUGUCAUUUCUAUGUGUAGCUUCUGCUGGAUUUAUACUUAUCUGAUUCUGACUGUGCAGAACUUAGUGCCCAUCUCUAGGGCGGCUCAGAUACACGCGUUCGGUGUGAUGACCCUGCAGGUCAUAGUUCUCAUUAAGGUGGUCAUGACGUUUAAAUUAUAUAUCAUAGCCAGGGGCCAACUGGUGAGAGAGGCACCCAGCGCAGACAGGGAUAGCAAGAAGGAGUCUCUGCGCAUCAUUGUGUUUGUGGUCAUAUGCUUCCUGGCUCUUUGGGGUCCUUCUUUUGUGAACAUUAUUGUCAGGCAGCUGACUGGAAAAGGGCUCAGUUUCAGAAAUGAAGCCACUAAUCUUUUUGCCACCAUGGCCCGGAUGAAUGCGCUGGUCACUCCAGCUGUGUACAUCUGGGGUAGCCCUGCGCUACGGGCGGCCGUGUGGAGAACAGUGUGGCGGAGGGUAUGCCCCAGGAGAAGGGGGAGAGUGGCCUUUAAUGUGACUGGAGUGACCUUUAAGGAGACACCUUCACCAUCAAAGCUACCAUAAAGAAGAUAGACGUGGUAUAAAGCCAGGUUUCACAAGGAAAAGGCUCAAUAUCUCGUUUAUUUACUGUAUUUGAAGAACUGUGGAAUUGUAAUACCAUGUACGAAAAUGAAACAAUAGAUGUGGCAAACGAUUGAUCUCUCUUUUUUUUUCUAAUUUCUUUUUUUGUGUGAGGAUAAUUGCAUAACAGGGAUGCUGGUUGAUCAUGUUAAAAGUCGGGAAUUGAACCCAGAACCUUAUAAAAAAAACUAUGCGUAAUGACAGUCAUGUGACCAGCUCUGAAAUGACGGGAAAUUUCAAGCAACGUCUUUGUGAAUUUAAAAAUCCCAGCAAUGAAGAACGUUUGCACCAAUAUAUUAUAAGCGGAUCCUGCGUAUUUUAAAGUAAAUCAUGAUACUAUUUAAACUUAGUUGGAGAGAUUACAAUCUGCCAUAACCUCGUGUUCAU